AUCUCCGCCUCCGUUCGUAUCUCCACUUCGACCGUCUCUCUGCGUAGUACUUGUCAUCUGCAUCGCUUCCAUUUCUCUGCAGAUCUCUCUCUCUCUCUCUCUCUCUCUCUCUCUCUCUCUCUCGCACACACAAUGCAAUCCACACACUCUCUUCAACUCUCUCAGACGGCGUUUCCCAGGUCGAACCGCCAGUUCUGUUCACCUUCUACGCCAAGGAAUCUCCGGUUCUGCGGUCUCCGGCGAGAGGCGUUUGGUUUCUCUCCGUCGAAUCGGUCGGCUUCUUGCCGUUUCCAAGUUCCAAGUAGGAGGCUAGAGGUUUUAGCCGCCGCUUCUUCCGCUUCUGGUAAUGGUGCUCCGCCGAAAUCGUUCGAUUACGACCUGAUCAUCAUCGGAGCUGGAGUUGGCGGCCACGGAGCGGCACUGCACGCCGUCGAGAAGGGACUCAAAACUGCCAUCGUUGAAGGAGAUGUUGUUGGAGGGACUUGCGUUAACAGAGGCUGUGUGCCUUCCAAAGCUCUCCUCGCUGUCAGUGGCAGGAUGAGGGAACUCCAGAGCGAGCAUCACAUGAAGGCCCUUGGUCUGCAGGUUUCGGCUGCCGGGUAUGAUCGGCAGGGAGUGGCAGACCAUGCUAACAACCUGGCUACCAAGAUUCGGAACAAUCUGACCAAUUCAAUGAAGGCGCUUGGAGUUGACAUAUUGACCGGUGUCGGCACGGUUCUGGGCCCUCAAAAGGUUAAAUAUGGCAAAGCCGGUUUCCCUGACAACAUCGUCACUGCAAAAGAUAUAAUCAUUGCCACCGGUUCUGUUCCUUUCGUCCCUAAAGGAAUUGAAGUUGAUGGAAAGACUGUUAUCACAAGCGACCAUGCCCUGAAGUUGGAGACCGUUCCUGAUUGGAUUGCUAUAGUAGGAAGUGGUUACAUUGGCCUUGAGUUCAGCGAUGUUUACACGGCGCUUGGAAGUGAGGUUACUUUUAUUGAAGCUCUGGAUCAGCUAAUGCCUGGAUUUGACCCUGAGAUAGGUAAGCUAGCUCAGAGAGUUCUGAUAAACCCAAGAAAUAUUGACUAUCACACCGGGGUGUUUGCAAGCAAGAUCACUCCAGCAAAGGACGGGAAACCAGUUAUCAUUGAGCUUAUCGAUGCUAAAACCAAGGAACCUAAGGACAAAUUGGAGGUAGAUGCUGCUCUUAUCGCCACCGGAAGAGCCCCGUUCACUAAUGGUCUGGGCCUGGAGAAUGUCAAUGUUGUGACACAGAGAGGUUUUGUUCCAGUUGAUGAGCGGAUGCGCGUGAUUGAUGCAAAUGGAAAUCUGGUUCCAAAUUUAUACUGCAUAGGUGAUGCAAAUGGUAAAAUGAUGCUCGCUCAUGCAGCCAGCGCCCAAGGAAUCUCGGUGGUGGAGCAAGUCACAGGUAGAGAUCACGUGCUUAACCAUCUUAGCAUCCCGGCUGCUUGUUUCACUCAUCCUGAGAUCAGCAUGGUGGGAUUGACAGAGCCUCAAGCGAGAGAGAAAGGUGAGAAGGAGGGGUUUGAAGUAAGUGUUGCCAAGACAAGUUUCAAGGCUAACACAAAGGCUCUGGCCGAGAACGAAGGUGAAGGACUUGCGAAGAUGAUAUACCGGCCUGACAAUGGUGAAAUCCUCGGAGUUCAUAUAUUUGGGUUGCAUGCAGCUGAUCUUAUCCAUGAAGCAUCCAAUGCAAUUGCUCUGGGUACAAGGAUUCAGGACAUAAAAUUCGCGGUUCAUGCGCAUCCGACGCUGUCUGAAGUGAUUGACGAACUGUUCAAAGCGGCCAAGGUGGAAAGUCCGGUGGUGGCGCCCACGAGUACUGUAAGUGAGGAAGUGGCUGCCGUCUGAAACGCCUUUGGAGGAUUUUUUGUGGAAGGUGUUUGGUUGUAACAGAGAGAAGAAGGAAUAAGCAGAAAAAGAGAUCGAUGGGAGAAUGAGGAGGGGCUUGCCUUGCAGGGCCUCUGAAGGUGUAUUUCGUCCACCCAAGUUGAACGAUUUCUUUGAACAUGUUUCUCUGUGUUUCUGUUUCUUUCUUUCUUCUUUUAAAGGGAGAUUCAACUACCGUACCAAGAGUCCAUUCACUUUGCAGUUGUCAGAAGAAAUGUUUUUUUGUCGCAUUUUUUACAUAUUUGUGAGAGACAAUUAUAACCCGUCGGUGUGUCCA